AUGGGAUCUGUUGUCUCUUUUUUACAUAAAAAACGAGACGCCGCAGUGAUGUCUAAGACUAUCGAGGAGAAAAAGAACGUUGUGAUCGUUGGUGGUGGCCAUGCCGGCUCUCUGCUUGCGCGUUCACUCUCUCGCACACUCGACUCAUCGAAAUACCGCGUCAUCCUCAUCAAUGAACGGCCGUACGCUAUUCACUUCCUUGCCGCGGCACGCAUGACCGUCACCGACGAAGGCCACAUCGAGGACGGGGCGCUCAUCCCAUACGACAAGCUCUUCAUCAAUGGCAACGGUACUCUUAAGGUCGAUAAGGUCACUGCCAUCGAGGAGACCGAGCCCGGACAAGGCGGCGUGGUCGUAUUGCAAAGCGGGGAGCGGAUCUCGUACGCGGCAUUGGCCCUGGCUUCUGGUUCCUCGUGGUCUGGUCCUCUGGACUUCCCUACCACCGACUCUGAAAUUCGCGAACACAUCAAGGAAUGGCGCCUGAAGUAUGGUAAUGCGAAGCACAUUGUCCUCAUUGGAGGUGGCGCGGUCGGUAUUGAGACAGCUGGAGAGCUCCGGGACACAUUCGCGGACAAGAAAAUUACGAUUAUCCAGAGCGACAAGAUGUUGCUCAACGCAACAUAUCCGGCGAAGUAUCGCAAGGACCUCGAGAAACGUGUCCGCGCCCGGAAGAUCAAUCUGGUGUUGGGCGAAUAUCUGGACAGCAUGCCAGAACUAGAUACUAUCGGCAUUACGACACGCAGUGGCACGACAAUUCCUGAUGCCGACCUCGUCGUGCCCACGUUCGGCCCCCGCCUGAACGUGGCUUAUAUCAAGACGCUCGGCUCGGACGUUCUCAACGAGCGCUCGCAGGUCAAGGUCAAGCCGACCUUCGAGACCGUUGCGCAUCCCGGUGUGUUCGCACUGGGCGACAUCACCGACUGGAAGGAACAGAAGCAGGCGCUGAAGGGGCCAGCUCACGUUGCGGUAGUCGCACCAAAUAUUACAAGUUUCCUUGCAGGCGAGCCGCAGAAGAAGAUAUACAAGGGUACCCCGGAGGCCAUCGUCGUACCAAUCGGGAAGGGUCAUGGUUCUUCAUACUUCCCAUACUUCUGGGGUCUGAUGUUCGGAGACUACUUCACUAGCUGGCUGAAGGGUGGAGAUCUCUUCAUCAAGAAGACAAGAGCAGAGCGCGGUCUAUGA